CUCUCAGCCACAUAAAUUGCUGAUGUUAGAUGUGUUUGUCAGUUUAUCCAUUAAUUAACUUAUCAUAAGUUCACUGUGAAAAGGGUAAUUUGGGUCUGAUUCCGACUUUGCUAACUUUCUAUAAUCAAAUUCGAAACACAGACGUAAAAGUAAAUUCAGAAACACAUUUUUAUUUAUCAUUUUUCGAAAUAGUUAUAAAUAAUUUUGAUUUGAUUCCGAAAUAAGAUUCUUUCGUUCCCUCUUCUCUUUUGAGCGAAUGGCUUGAAAAUUUCAAUCGAUUUACAGCUCAAAUUACGUUUCUCUGUCUCUCAAAUCACUCUCAGUUGUUGUUGGUUGGAUAGAGAAUCGAACUGCUGUUAGUUAGUUUCGCUUGAUUUCUCAUUGGGAUAAGAGCACUUUGGACUUUGUUAUUGAUGGCGGAUCUUAAAGAGCGCUUGCUUCCACCAAAACCUGCAUCUGCUGUAAAUCUCAGAGAUGGUCCUUACAGAGCAUCUGCUUCUGGAAGACAGCCUUUUCAAGGUGUUGAUGUUUUGGGUUUGAAGAAGCGUGGCCAAGGGCUCCGGUCUUGGAUUCGUGUUGAUUCAACUGGAAAUUCCCAGGUUAUUGAGGUUGACAAGUUCACUAUGAUGCGUCGUUGUGAUCUUCCUGCUCGUGAUCUAAGACUGCUAGACCCUCUAUUUGUUUACCCAUCAACAAUUCUUGGUAGAGAGAAGGCUAUCGUUGUAAAUUUGGAGCAGAUUCGGUGUAUUAUUACAGCUGAUGAGGUUUUGCUCCUAAAUUCCCUUGAUAGCUAUGUGUUGCAGUAUGUGGUGGAGCUACAACGGCGGUUGACAACACCUGUUGUUGGUGAGGUUUGGCAGGCAGAAGGUGCUGACUUGAGUAGAAGGAGAACUAGGAAUUUUGACAAUGUGUUUGGGAAUCCAUCCCCUGAUUAUUUGCCGUUUGAGUUUAAGGCACUUGAAGUUGCUUUGGAAGCUGCCUGUACUUUCCUUGAUACUCAGGCAGCAGAGCUAGAAAUUGAAGCAUACCCAUUACUAGAUGAACUGACAUCGAAAAUCAGUACAUUAAACUUGGAACGUGUGCGCCGAUUGAAAAGCAGACUUGUUGCCUUGACCAGGAGAGUUCAGAAGGUUAGGGAUGAGAUAGAGCAGCUCAUGGAUGAUGACGGGGAUAUGGCUGAAAUGUAUCUUACUGAAAAGAAGAGCCGGAUGGAGUCAUCAUUCUAUGGUGAGCAGUCCUUGAUGGGAUUUAGAUCAAAUGAUGGUGGAUUAUCUAUUUCUGCUCCAGUUUCUCCUGUUUCCUCACCCCCUGAAUCUCGGAGGCUUGAGAAAAGCUUGAGCAUUGCAAGGAGCCGACAUGAGAGCAUGAAGAGUUCAGAAAGUGCUACGGAGAGUAUAGAGCAGUUAGAGAUGUUGUUGGAAGCAUACUUUGUUGUUAUUGAUAGCACCUUAAACAAGUUGACAUCGUUGAAGGAGUACAUUGAUGACACGGAGGAUUUCAUCAACAUUCAGCUGGAUAAUGUCCGAAAUCAACUUAUCCAAUUUGAGCUGCUACUCACAACUGCAACAUUUGUCGUUGCCAUCUUUGGAGUGGUAGCAGGUAUCUUUGGCAUGAACUUUCCUAUAUCAUUGUUUGAUGAUGCAGAAGCAUUUAAGUGGGUCCUCGUCAUUACUGGAGUGACUGGAGUUUCCAUAUUUUUUGCAUUUGUAUGGUUCUUCAAGUAUCGAAGACUUAUGCCGCUGUAGAUAAUAGGAUAAUGGUAGGAAAUUGAAGUAGAAGUGAAAUUAUACUUCUUCUUCGAUUGCUACUAUUAAUUACUAUUGUACACUGUAUAUGAAAUGAAAGGUAUGUAAUGGAAUGACAGCUCUACAUCAGGGCAAUUCUUUAAAUUUAUUUCACAUUUCAGUUCCUUUUUA